UAGUGAUCUGUGCGUGACGUUAACAAAUGACCAAAAAUUGGAGGUUAUAAAUUAGAAUAAAUAUUUUUAAAAUAUUCAUAAAGUAAUGAAACAAUUAAUUAAUUACUAUAAUUAAAAGAGGGAAUCAUAAAACAAAUUUCAGUUAUUUUAGGCCCCGAUUAUUCUCACAAUAUGAAGAAAGAAGAAGUGCAAGAAAUAUUUUUAAAAAUCCUUGAGGAAGAGGCAGACGUUUCGGCUGGUGUGGCUGCGAUAAAAACACUUCUAACUGUUAUAGAAAAGUAUAAAGUUACCACAGUGCGAGAGCUCCACCUCAAUCUCCAAUUGGCUGUGGAUGCCAUGAGACACUGUGACCAGCCUGUUACUGCUGUGUCUUCAGGGUGCAAACUCUUCAUGAGGUUCAUUACCUUUGCCAAGUUAGAUGACAAGUCAUUUGAAGAAUGUGAACAGAUAAUGUUGCAGAGAGGACAGAUCUUCCUAGACACACUUUUAGAGGCUCGGGGGAAGGUUGCUAAACAAGCGCUGCCUUUUAUUAGUGAUGGAUGUAAAAUCCUAACACACUCCAGGUCGAGAGUAGUACUUCAAGCCAUGUUAGAAGCUGCGGAGGACAACAAACGGUUUGAAGUGUUUGUAACAAUGUCAUGUCCAGACAACAGUGGAGAACGCAUGCACAAGGAGCUAGUAGCGGCCGGUAUCGAGGCGACGCUCAUACUGGACUCGGCGGUGGGCUACAUCAUGGAGCAAGUUGAUAUUGUGAUGUUGGGCGCGGAAGGGGUCACGGAGAGUGGUGGGAUAAUUAAUAAGAUUGGCACAUACACCCUGGCAAUGGCGGCGCUAGAACUCAAGAAACCAGUGUAUGUUCUCACUGAAAGCUUCAAAUUCUCAAGAGUGUACCCUCUCAACCAGAGGGACAUACCCAAGGAGUUCAAAUACCUCUCCAGCGCGCUCAAGUCCGGCAACCUCUCCAAACAACACCCCUUGGUCGACUACACACCCCCCGCGUAUAUUACCCUCCUUUUUACCGACUUGGGUAUACUAACGCCAUCUGCUGUCAGCGAUGAACUGAUAAAAUUGUAUUUAUAACGUUUUUAUAUGGUACUGAUAUGUUUAAUAAAUGAUUAUUAUUAUUUAA